AUGAAAAAAGUAAUAGUUGCUCUAGAUGGUUCAGACCAUUCGAUGUAUGCACUCACAUGGGCGUUGAACAAUAUAAUCGAUGCUCGCUCAGACACUAUCAUGCUAUUAGCUGUGGGAAUAUUCAACAACAAAUCACCUCCCCUUGAAUACUAUGCUGCUACGCGCAACAUUUUGGAUGGUGGGCCAACGGAAGCCAUACGAAAAAAGGCCGAAGAUCAAGCAAUGGAGAUAUUAAAGUGUGGGACAGCCGUUAUAAACAAACGCUAUAUCUGUGAACAGAAGGAUCUAAAGCUCGAAUGCCAUGUCCAACUCAACGAGGAUGCAGGAACAACAAUUACCGAAUUCGCCAAGAAGGCUGACGCUGAUGUAAUUGUCCUAGGUCAUCGUGGCACUUCGCUAUCCGAUGGGGAUACUGUUGGAAGCGUUUCACAGUAUUGCUUGCAUUCAGCUUCAUGUACAGUUGUCAUCGUCAGGAAGGAGAGCAAAGUAAAAGAGGAGAAGGCACAAGCCAUAUGA